AUGAACAGUGUCCAAAACCAAACUCAGGAUCACGAGUUUGAUCCUCCUACGUCCCCAAGGGACACCGACAUGUCCAACUCAACGCCCAACACGGAGUUUUCUCCGCCCUACAGUCCUCAACAGAAGGUCCAACAACUCAUGAAGGACACCCGAGUUGCAGCAAGGAAGAAGUUAGAACAGCUGACACUGGAAGAGAAGAUAUCGCUUCUCACGGCCGCAGACUUCUGGAGAACGAAGACCAUUCCGUCCAAGAACAUCCCGGCAGUCAAAACUUCAGAUGGGCCCAAUGGAGCUCGUGGAGGCAUCUUCGUUGGAGGAACAAAGGCCGCCCUUUUCCCCUGUGGCGUUUCCUUGGCAGCGACAUGGAAUAAGGACCUGCUUUAUGAAGUCGGUCAACAUUUGGCCGAUGAAGCUAAGGCUAGAUCCGCCAACGUUCUCCUCGCUCCAACUGUUUGCAUGCACCGUCAUCCCCUUGGCGGACGCAACUUCGAGUCGUUCUCGGAGGAUCCCCUUCUGACCGGAAAGCUGGCUGCUCAGUACAUUCGUGGGCUGCAGGAGAAGGGGGUUGCAGCUACCAUCAAACACUUCGUGGGCAACGAGCAGGAAACCCACAGAUUGACGAUUGACUCGCUCAUUCAAGAACGACCCCUUCGGGAGAUUUACCUUCGACCUUUCGAGAUCGCCGUCCGUGAGGCGAACCCAUGGGCAUUGAUGUCAUCGUACAACCUGAUCAAUGGUGUGCAUGCGGACAUGAACAACUUGACGCUUAGAGACAUUCUUCGCGGUGAAUGGGGCUACGAUGGGACAGUCGUUUCCGACUGGGGUGGCACCAACUCGACAUCUGAAUCCAUCAUUGCGGGGUGCGAUAUCGAGUUCCCAUAUUCUCCGAAGUGGCGAUUUGACAAGGUCACCAAAGCGAUGGAUGAGGGCAAGAUCUCCAAGGAGGAUAUCGAUCGCGCGGCCGAGAAUGUUCUCACAUUGGUUGAACGCCUGAAAGGCAGCGACAUGUCUGCGGAGGAAGCAGAAAGGGAAGACAACCGAGAAUCGACGAGGAGUCUUAUUCGUACUGCCGGUGCUGAGGGUUUGACACUGUUGAAGAACGACGGUGCCAUUCUGCCGCUCAAUCCGAAGACGACCAAAGUUGCGGUGAUCGGACCGAACGCAAAUCGAGCCAUUGCGGGAGGCGGUGGCAGCGCCAGCUUGAACCCGUACUACAGAACGAUCCCUCUCGAGAGUAUUCGAGCUGCAUCUGAGCAGGAGGUUACUUUUGCGCAGGGAUGCCACAUCUACAAGUGGCUUCCGGUCGCCUCUCCGUACUGUACUGAGAAGUCGGGCAAGCCCGGGGUCGGUAUUGAGUGGUACGCUGGGGACAAGUUUGAGGGCAAGCCCGUUGUCGUCCAAAGGCGGGUGAACACUGAUCUAUUUCUCUGGGACUCUGCACCACUCAAUGAGAUUGGCCCCGAAUGGUCUGCUGUUGCAACGACCUACUUGACACCCAAGACGACCGGCAGGCACACCGUCAGCUUCAUGAGCGUAGGACCUGGCAAGCUCUUCGUCAACGGCAAGCUUGCUUUGGAUCUAUGGGACUGGACAGAGGAGGGCGAGGCCAUGUUCGACGGUUCAGUAGACUACUUGGUUGAGGUCGAUAUGGAGGCUGGUAAGCCAGUGGAACUCAAAGUCGAGAUGACCAACGAGCUCCGACCGAUCGCCAAGCAGAAGCAGUUCGGCAUUACGCACAAGUAUGGAGGUUGCCGUAUUGGUUUCAAGGAAGAAGAUCAGGUCGACUUCCUGCAAGAGGCAGUUGAUACCGCCAAGGCCGCCGACGUUGCCGUCGUCAUCGUGGGCCUUGAUGCCGAAUGGGAGUCUGAGGGAUAUGACAGACAAACCAUGGACCUUCCGUCUGACGGAAGUCAGGACAGGCUCAUCGAAGUGAUUGUAAAGGCCAACCCCCGCACUGUCGUAGUCAACCAAUCGGGCACGCCAGUCACCAUGCCCUGGGUCGACCAAGUUCCUACCAUUAUCCAAGGGUGGUAUCAAGGACAAGAGGCUGGAAAUGCCCUUGCUGAUGUCUUGUUUGGGUUCAAAAACCCAAGCGGAAAGCUUCCAUCUACUUUCCCCAAGCGCAUCCAGGACGCGCCAGCGUACAACAACUGGCCAGGCGAAAACUUGAAGGUCAACUACGGCGAAGGAAUCUACAUCGGCUACCGCCAUUACGAGCGAGCUCGGAUCGAGCCCCUGUUCCCCUUUGGUCAUGGCUUGUCCUACACCACCUUCGAGUACGGACGCCCGUCCAUCAGCACGAAGACGCUUACAUCCCGGGGCACCAUCGAGGUCGUCUUUGCCAUCAGCAACAUCGGGUCGGUUGCUGGUUCUGAAGCGGUGCAGAUCUACGUGCGUGAUGACAAGUCGAGACUCCCACGGCCGGAGAAGGAGCUUGUUGCUUUUGAGAAGGUGUUCCUGGAAGCCGGGGAGACCAAGCACCUCCACAUCUAUCUCGACAAGUACGCCGUGGGUUACUAUGACACAUCUGUUCCCGGAUGGAUCGCAGAGGAGGGCACGUUCAAGGUUCUCAUUGGCGCGUCGUCCGCUGAUAUCAAGCACUCGGUCCAAUUCGAUGUCAAGGAGUCUUUCAGCUGGGUCUUCUAG